AGCCCCCGGGCAUGGAGGCAGGGGGAAGGUGAGGGCUGGGGAGUGCCCGCCGCGGCCGGGAGCGCUGGGGAAGGAGCAGGCUGGGCCCCUGACAGGUGCCUCCGCCGUCAGCGCCCGCGGGCAGUGACUGGGAGACCGGGAGACUUGGUUCUUGCCGCCGCGACCCUCAGAGAUGAUGCUGGCAGAGCAAGCCCAGAAGUGGUUCCCAACUCACGUGCAAGUUACGGUCCUUCAAGCCAAAGGGCUGAAGCCCAAAGGUAAAAAUGGCAGCAACGAUGCCUUCACCAUCAUCCAGCUGGGCAAGGAGAAGUAUUCCACCUCGGUGGCCGAGAAGACCCUGGAUCCCGUCUGGAAAGAAGAGGCCUCCUUCGAGCUCCCUGGAUUACUCAUGCAGGAGAAUCCAGAAAAAUACGUCCUGUACCUGAUUGUCAUGCACAGGUCGCUGGUGGGGCUGGACAAGUUUCUGGGACAGGUGGCCAUAAGUCUGAACGAUAUGUUUGAAGACAAGCAAAGAAGGAAGACAGAGUGGUUUCGCCUGGAGUCCAGACAAGGGAAGACAACUAAAGACAGAGGAGAAAUCAAGGUCAAUAUUCAGUUUACAAGGAAUAACAUGACAGCAAGUAUGUUUGAUUUGUCAAUGAAGGACAAAACCAAAUCUCCUUUUGCUAAACUAAAAGACAAAAUGAAGGGUCGGAAAAACGACGGGACGUUUUCAGAUACAUCCUCUGCAAUCAUCCCAAGUACUCACAUACCUGAUGCAAACAUAGAGGUAUGUAGUGGUGAAGUACAGAUGAAAUCAAAACCAAAAAAACCUUUCCUUUUGGGACCUCAACGGCUCUCAUCAGCUCACUCAAUGUCAGAUUUAACAGGAUCACAUGUCUCCUCAGAAAAAAUUAAGUCUGGCACAGGUGGCUACUCUCAUCUUUUCAGGCGUCAGCUGGAAUCUUUUGGUUCAGUUGAUGAAGGGGGGAGCCUAAAAUCUCCACACAGAAGGACAUUAAGUGUUGAUACUUCUAAAAUGAACCAGCUUGACAGCACAGUUGAUGAAACUGCACUUGAAGCACAAAAUGACCCAUUUACCAAUGUGAGUGCUUCGUUACCCCAAAAAUUUGCUACACUGCCAAGACAGAAGAAUCCAUUUGAAGAAAGCCCAGCAACAUGGGAUCCAAACAUAAGUCUGUUUUCCAAACCUGGUGACAUCAGAAAAGAAAUUAAAAAAGAGAAAAAAGAGAAAGUUAGUCUUUUUGAAAGAGUGACUGGAAAAAAAGAUAGCAAGAGGUCAGAUAAACUUACCAAUGGGGGAUCAGACAGUUCUACUGACUUGAAAUCACCUAGUGUGUUUGCUGAAGCUCAUCAGGAGAGUUUUGAUUAUGAUUCGACUAAUCCAUUUCUGGCCAACUUCAAGCCUACAAGCAUGUUGCCAUCUUCAAGUUUGAAUCUGAAUCCUUCUGGCAUUGAGGACCUCAGGAAAACAAUGGAUGGGAAUCCUUUCGACGCCACCGCGGGAUAUCGCAGCCUCACCUAUGAAGAGGUUUUGCAGGAGCUGGUAAAACACAAAGAGCAACUGAAGAAGAAGGACACUCACAUUCGUGAACUGGAGGAUUACAUUGACAAUCUUCUUGUACGAGUGAUGGAAGAAACACCCAGUAUUCUCAGAGUGCCAUAUGAACCUUCUCGAAAAGCUGGCAAAUUUUCCAAAAGUUAGGAUGGUGAUACUGGAUGGUACUUUCUGCUGAAUGUGUUAGUGGAAGGAAAUCACACUUUAACAGUUUAACUUCUCUCCAAUCCUUUUCUCCUAAGAAAUUCCAGGAAUUGGGGGAGGACAGGAAUGUGGCGUGGGGUUUUUUUCUUUUUUUUUUUUUUUUUACUCCAAACACUAGCAGGGACUGCCAAAAGUAAUAUUGUGUUAGAUUACCUAAAUAACAGUUUUUUUGUCCUUUUUGAAAAUACUUUAAGGUACAGAAUACUUACGGUAGAGUAAAUAAGACACAUUAAAUAUGUCCAUAUAGUUUAUAUAAGAGCUUAGCAUUCACCAUGUGGCAUUUUCAGCAGGGAAACCUGUGCUAUUAUGAAUGUUCUCUUGAAUGAUUCUGGGUACUACAUAAAUAUAUUGAUCCUGGUAUUACAACAUGCCAUUAAGGCCACUGUUCUCAAGCCAGUGUAGUCACUUUACUAAAUCUAAGUCCGGCUUGUUGCAAUGGAAUCUAGUUUGUUCUACACAUCCUUGAGGAAAAGAGUGAUGCACAGUCUUUGCAGAGUAAAUGCUGUAUUCUAUAGGGUGUGCUUUUUGUAGAACAGUGUAAAAAAAUACCAUGCCAUUUCAGUACUGGCACCUGCUGGAAUCAGUUGCUUUACACUUAAAUGCUGAAUUUUGUGUAUAAUGGUAGUGAGCUCAUGACAUAAGGUUGUUUUGAGGAUCAUUUUAUAUGAAGUUAUUGCAUGCUUUUUUAUAUGCUAAAGUACAUUGAAAGUGUUAAUAGUCUGAAGCAGGACUGGAGAACAGUAUGGAAUAAAGAUACGAAUGCUUUGUUCAGCCAAAGUCUACUACAGUGAAAAUGUGUGAGAAAUUAACAGACUGACUUAAGGAGUCAUGAUAAUUCAAAAACUAUAGAACUGGCUCAGUUUAAGGUUGAGUUUCACAUGGUAUAUAUUUGUCUUAGGGGGUUUUUUAUGUUAUGACAACAAAGUAUAUGCCUUUAGAAAUAAGCUAUGUUGCUAAAACACAUAUAGAGUACUCAGACUUUCCAUUUAAAAAAAUCUGUAUUCGUUGUAAAUACUUCUAAAAGUCAGUUUUCAUUGAGGCAAAUGAAAGAAGAAUGUAGUAGGUAUCUUCCCAAUUGUUUGUAAAAUGACAUAUAAAGAAGGUAUCAGUACAAUAAAUUAGCAAAAUAUAGUGAUGACCCAUAUAAUGGGACAAUACUGUAGGAGAAUCCUCACAAUAUUAACAUAAAUAGAUUUUGAUUUUAAUUUCUUUCUCAAGAGUCUCAGUUGGAUUGUCAGGUACUGUGAAACAGUAAGACAAUAUUUUUUAAAAGUACAGAGAAUAUUUUAGAUUUCUAUCUAAGAAAACUGACACUUUUCCUCCUCCUCUUCUUUUUCUACACCUGAUCUGUUGGUUUUUUUCUUAGAGCACCAUGUAAUGGCUGUUGCUGAGGAAGAAAAAAAGCUUGCAGUUAAAUUCCAAUUUUUGUUGUAAAAGAUGUAAAUAUAUUUUCAUUUUUAAAACUGAGAAAGAAUAGUAAUAUCUUGAUCUGGAAAAGUUGAAAAAGUUUAUUAUUUGAAUGCUUUUGACAAUGUUAGUAUUGUGUGACAGUGCAGAAUUAUUCUUGUUAUGAAAAAAAAGAGUCUUUGUACAGUCGUCUGAUUUAGUUCACUAGUUUUUUCCUUUUUCUUCUUUUUUUUUUCCCCCAUUUUCUUAUUUUUUAGGAAUUAUCUCCCAUCCCUCUAGAGCUAUGUCCCUAGAAUUUAUGCAGUUUGAGUGUUCCCAGCCCAGCGUUGGGACACCUUAGCAUGGAGCACUGUGCCUGGAUGGAGCUGGGGUUGUUCAAGCCCCACCUGAUGGCAGUGCCCUGCAGUUGGGCAGUUGUAGCACGGAGGUGGGCCCAUUUCUUCAGGUAGUCUCUCUUUUGACAACAUAAGGAUUUAUCAAGUUCAGUACCUCAUAAACCACUCGAAUGUUCUUUUGACCCACUUCAGAUCUAAAUGACUGUAAAGUUCUUGUAAUAUAUUUGAAGUGCCAAAGGUUAUGUACAAAGUUAUGGUACACUUACUGUUGGAAGUUAGGUUUUGCACUCAAUUAGAUUUUAAUUUCUUAAUUCCACCAAGAUGUAUUUCAGCUACUCAGUAUUUCCAUUGAGGUUCUUAAACAGUUUCAAAUGUUUGGCCGAAGCAAGUGGUUUUCUAAUAUUGUUAAUGGGGGACUGUUGUGCAAUUGUUUUGAAUUCCAGAGUCAUUUUCAAACUAACUGGUGUGAGACCAUCUGUAGUAUCUACAGUGAUUAAAUCAUACACACCAAUGGGGUUUAACAAAUAAACUAACCAGAGAAUAUGCUCCAGUGACUUUUCGCUUGCAAGCCAACUUAAUGAUUAUUAAAAUGAAGCUCUACUAUAUUUAGCACCUCUGAAAUCACUUCUUUUAGAAUGUAAAUGUAGAAUAUCAAACUGCAUAAUUGACUAAGAGCAGAUCAUUUGACAUAUUUGCAUACCAAGAAUGAUAAGCAGAUUAAAGGUAGCGAAAAGAUCAAUUUUUGUGCAUUAGAGAAGAAAUUUAUUGAAGCUUUGAAUGUGCUAUCUAGUCUUUAUCUGAUCUGCAAGUGAAUAAAAGCACCUUUUGUUUCUAAGAGUUUGUUGAGAAAGAGGGAAGAACAACAAUUGCAAUUUAGGAGAAGGUAAAGUUACUAACAGAGGCAGAAUGGGACAUUUACAACUAUGAAAAUAUUUGUAUAGCAUUCUUGCAGCUAAAGAUAUGGGCUGCUUUUGGAGCAAUUCUGGAAAGAUUACAUGCACAUCAUUUUCUGCUUAGAAAGAAAUUUUAACUUUAUUCUGUAAUUUGAGCUAAUUUUUUAAAAGCAUCUUCACCUCACAUGUAUUUUUUGAACCAUGCAGCUUCAAAUGAGAAGUUUCAUAGAGCAAUUUAUAUGUUGAAAACAAAGAAAGUUCUGUUUACCCCCCUCCCAGGAUUAAAUUAUAAGCUUUCUUGCAGAUUAAUAAUAAUAAUAAUAACAACUUGCCACUUACAAUCAGUCUUUCUUGCCCUUUAAAAAUGUAGGGAUGAAAAUUUUUGGACAUCUCCACAUUAUUUUUAUUUUUUCUCUCAAACAUUAGCAUAAGAGUUCAUCCAUGCACAUAGUAUACUUUGAAGUUAUCCUUUGAAAUGUAUCCUCUGCUCAUAGCCAUGUACUUUGCUUACUUUAAAGAAUAUUAAGGCCAUACUUUAAUGUUGUAAGUAACAAAUUUAAACUUUCUGCUGUUCAAGAAGGUUGUUUAAUAUUUACAUACACAUUAACUCUUGCUGCUGUAUUUUACAUUUAGCUUGGUUUUCUGUCUACUAAUGAAUGUAGCAUUCUCCAUAGAUUAUACAUAACUAUAUUUAUUGCUCUUGGCUCUGUAUCAAGAAUUAUUUGUAAUUUUCCAGCUGUGAAAAUGUUACCUUGCAUUUGGAAAGGUUUCAUGUUUUGGGGACCUAAUCAAAGUCAUGCUCAUUAGGUACUGGUCUGCAUUUCUUUCUGCACAGGAUGCCCUUUCUUGGAUGCAUCAUAAAAUGAACAGAACUGCUGUCUUAAUAUGUUUACUGCUGCACUGGAGGUUUUUUACACCUCCAGCUUUAAAGAAAACUUAUUGUCCCUAUAUGAAGUAUGUAGAGUAAGCUCAUGCUUUUUUGCUCUUUAUGUAUCCAUUAUUGUUGUAGAUAUGAUAGAGGCAUUAGCUGUGGGCUGUUAAAAUGGUGAUAUUUAAAGCAUGUUGACUAACUUCCUCUCUUUGAAGUACACCAUGAAGGAUUAUAGUGCUGCUGUGUUGAUGAUGCUGGAUACAAGGGUCUGUCAGCACUUUCAGUGUGAAACCCCAUUUUCAGGGAUUUAUAAGUUCUAAAUGUAGAUACAGUCACUGGAAGUGUUUAAUGUGCAAUGGGUAGCACUUUAAUUUGUUUAUGAAGGGUUCUGAGAUAGUCAUGGUCUCCUAAAGCAUGGUGGGCAUUUGUUUUAUCCUUCAUAAUCUGUACAUUGAAGAAGCCACUGUAUGUUGUGAAUGGUAGAGCCGUUCCUGUUCAUCUUAGAAGCUUCCAGUUGUCUUGUAUUAUUACAAUGUACUAUAAAGAGCUGAAGAUCCAAGUUAUGUAGGAAGUCUGUAAAAGAUACAAACAUUACUUACAGCUUAAAGGUUGAUUCCAUCUUGUGCAGUCAAUGGUAGUUUGUCUACAUGUGAUGAUGGUACGGAAUCACAACUGUGUGCACAUGUGAGAACUAUAAACUUAGAAUGCAUGAAAGACUUUACUUUGGUUUCAUUAUUGCAACUUCAGCUCCUUUAGUUUGAUUCCAGUGUUACCUUAAUGUUUUAAUUUCUGUUCACUCAAUAAAUAUUGCAUGUCUAACACUAAUAAAGCACCACAAUGCACUACCACAGCA